AUGGAAACCCUAACUCUUGGAAGAGUGGUAUGAGAGGUUGUGGACAUGACGUUCACCCCAACUGUGAAAAUGGAUGUAAUUUACAGUUGCAACAAACAAGUAUCUAAUGGCCAUGAGAUCAUGCCUUCUAUCAUUACUGCUAAGCCUCGCAUCGACAUCGGAGGUGAAGAUAUGAGCGCUGCUUAUACAUUGAUUAUGACAGACCCUGAUUUCCCAAGCCCCAGUGAUCCAUACUUGAGAGAACAUCUCCACCAGUUGGUGACAGACAUUCCUGGUACCACUGAUGUCUCCUUUGGAAGAGAAGUUGUGGAGUAUGAAACUCUGAAACCGGUGGUGGGGAUUCACCAUUACGUGUUCUUGCUGUUCAAGCAAGCUAGAGGAAGGCAGACGGUGAGAGUUCUGGCAUCGCGGGACAACUUUAACACAAGACAGUUUUCACAAGGGAAUGGUCUUGGCCUGCUUGUAGCUGCUGUCUACUUCAAUACACAAAGAGAGAUUACUACCAGAAGAAGAUUUGGAAUUUUUGGAAUUCAAAUUAAAAAGUAA